UAUCGCGAAGGCUAUCGGUUGUUUUUAGCACAUCGUUCCCAGCCGGGUUCCUCUUCAAGUGGCAUUGUGUUAUCGGAGACGUCGCCUGGAAAGGAUCACUUUUUGACUGCUCUACGGCUUUCAGAAAAAUCUGUUUCCACACAACCCAUCAAUGAUGACGGCGAGAGCAUACCAAACAGGCAUGGCGUUUCCUAGCCUAACUCCGGGAAAGCUUCGCCUUUACAGCAAUCGGUUUUGCCCCUUCGCCCAAAGAGUUCUUCUUAUGUUGGCUGCUAAGAAAAUUGACCACGAAGUAAUCAACAUUAACCUCAACAAGAGACCCGAAUGGUCUACCAAAGUACUUCCUGCCAGGACCGUGCCUGUCCUGCAUCAGGAUAACGUGGUAAUAAGCGGAUCCAUGGCCAUCGCAGAAUACUUGGAAGAGGUCUACGCGAGCCCAAGGCUUCUUCCUUCGGAUCCAUACCGUAAAGCUCUGGACAGGAGCUUCCUGGAUUUGUCCUUGCCCGCUUUAGAUCCGGUGUUGAAGUUCUUCUUUAAGAAAGGAGUAAGCGCUGACAGCGAAUGGUCUGCCUUCCUUGCGAAGGCAAGCAUUUUCGAGAAAGAACUCGGCAUCAGAAAGACGCCAUAUUUUUCAGGAGAGAAGCCUGGAUUCGUCGACUUUGCCAAUUGGCCAACAUUUUCAAUGGCUCUAGGUCUGUCGACUUUUUUUGAAGCACAAAAGAUGCCAUCGCAAGAGGAGUACCCCUUACUUCACAGAUGGUGCGAAAUCAUGAGGCAGGAUCCAGUAGUGACUUCGGUCAUAAACGAAAGUAACACUCUUGAAUUUAUAAGAACUGCCAUGCUGGGUGACACUAAUUUCGAUGCUGGCUUGUGAAACGAUUGUUUUCUGUCUGAUGGUCGGCGUAAAGAGUAAUAAAUAAUUCCUUCUACUUUGUUUUGUUUUA